UCCAUUGACAAGCUCAAUGCCCACGGCGACGGCAUCGGCACAUAUACCUCCCAGGACGGUGCGAUGAUGCAAGUGGUGGUUCCGUUUGCAGCUCCAGGUGACGAGAUUCAGGCCGAACUUUGGGAUCGCGACGUGCAAUCGAGAGAUAAAUGGGCGACAAGACAACCUCAGGAUACCUGGCCGAUCUUCGGGCAGCAAGUGGCUCUGUCCAAGCCCAGUGGCCACCGAAUACAGCCUCAAUGCAGCAAAUACUUUGGAAUCUGUGGUGGAUGCAAACUGCAGCACGUAAGCUACACGCAACAGCUUCGAGAAAAACAGGAGUGGAUCCGCGAACUAUUUGCUGAUCGAGGGCACUCGCCAGACAUGAAAAUUCGCGACAUUCUCGGCGUAGAGACCAAGGAAAACAAUGGUGGAGUUUACAGCUACCGGAACAAGAUGGAAUUCACAUGUAGCACAGGUCGCUGGCUACUGGAUGGAGACAAACCUACGAGCGAUGACAGUGAAGCUCCACGCUAUCCGUUUACAGUUGGGAUGUUUCCUGUUGCGUCGGUUAGCGCUCGACGGUCCAAGCAAAUUCAUGGCAAGAGCAAGGCGCGUCGACGUCGUUCUGCUGUGUGGAGUCCUCGAAUUUUGUCGCUAAAUGAGUGCUUGCUACAAGCUUCAGCUUGCAAUCGAUUGCUGCAACAGCUGGUGGCAAGAUGCGAAGACGUGGGACUACAAGCCUAUGAUUUCAACACGCACGAAGGCUUUCUGAAACAAAUUGUGUUGCGUCGCGGUGUAAAUUGGCAAGGCCGCACAGAGAUCAUGCUGGGCCUGGUCACAACAAUGUUCGAAGGAGAACAGAGCGAGCUGCUUCAGAGCAUUGUACAAGAUCUUGUGCGGGAGCAUCAAAGGGAAUUACUUACUGAGACCAAAGAUGCUCCACAGCUUGUGUCUAUUGUUGAAAGCUUGGACAGGGAAGCUCAACGACACAAACAUCGGAAGGAUAGCGAACCAUUUGAGGAUACGAAGACGGAGCGUGUUCUCUACGGCAGCUCUCACUUCGAAGACUCGAUCUUGAGCCACAGAUUUGAGGUUACUUUCGACUCGUUCUUCCAACCCAACUCGAACCAAGCCAGUGUGCUCUACCGUGAAAUUCAACGCAUGAUGGCAGCUUUACCGAAGAAACCAGUGGUCUGGGAUCUCUUCUGUGGUGUGGGCAGUAUCGGUAUUUGUAUGGGAGCUUAUGCCGAGAAAGUAGUGGGAUUCGAACUAGUCGACGCAGCAGUGGAGCGUGCCAAGGUGAAUGCCCGUCUGAAUGGCUACUCUGCCGAUCACAUGCAAUUCUUUUGUGUUGACUUGGCCAAAAGCUGGCAAGAAGAGGAGUUUCUCGACAGGAUUGCUUCUCACUCGGAUGGCGGUUCAUCUUCUUCGAAUCUACCAGAUAUAGUGAUCGUGGACCCUCCUCGAGCUGGAUUGCAAAAAAAGCUGAUCAAGAUGCUGCGCCGACUAGCCCCACGCCAUAUUUGCUACGUAUCGUGCAACCCCCACUCUCAGGCUCCUGACCUCGAAGCGUUUUGCGCCAAGGUGAAACCUGAAAUGGGUGAAGUAGGCACGUACAGAGUGCGAUACUUGCAGCCAGUGGAUAUGCUUCCGCACACUCCGCAUAUUGAGACGGUCGCGUGGCUCCUUAGUCACAGUGGGUUUCCAUUACUUGAGUAAUGCUAGUGACUAUAAGUCACCUGUAGUGAAGCUUUGUAGUUAGCCAAUGGCUGGCUUCUGGAUCCCUGGUACCAUUUACAAGGCAUCCCGAAGAAUGAAGUCACACUUCAUGUA